AAAAAUUAGCAGCCAAGCAUGCUGGCAACACAUAAUCUUUCACAACACAUAAACCUCCCCCCCCGCAAAUAGCCACUCCACCAUGGUCCAGUACGUCUUCACACCAUGGCGUGACCGUCAGGAGUUAUUGACAGUCCGGCGGCAACUCUACCCCCAGCACCACAACGACGACGACGACGGCGGCGGCGACAACCACCACACAGCCGCCCCGACGGCGACGGCCCGUGCUGCGGCCCGUGUGGGCGAGCAGCAGCACGCCGUGGCGCGGGUGUCGAUGUGGAUGCAGCGCGGCGGCUGCCCGCACCUGGUCGAGUCGACGGCCCUGCUGAGGGCCGCCAUCCUGAGCGACCCCGAUGCCGAGGCCGGCGCGGGUUCGGCUUCGGGCCCGGACUGCGGCGCUGCGCGGUCGAGCGGCUCGUACGCUGCGCGCGCGGCCUACUCGGCUGCUUUUAGUCGGUUCGUGACGGGCCUCCUCGACAGCAACCAGGACAAGCAGCGUAAGAUGAGCAUGUACGCCGUGGCCAAAAGUGUCGGCCUCCCUGCCACGUUCGUCGAACUGCGCCACCAGGCUACGCACGAGCAGCUCCCCUCGCUGACGCGCCUGCGCGCCGCCGCCCAGAGCGCCCUCGACUGGAUCUGGGAGUACUACUGGCGGCACCUGGUCGACGACGCGGUCGAGGCCGCCGCGCCCGGUGGUGGUGGGGGGGGGGGAGUCUCCGGCGUGUGCCGGGACCUCGUGAAGGCGUGUCUGGCGGCGGAGGAGGAGGGGGAGGAUGAUGCCGAGGCGAGGCGGGGGCUGGUGAGGGAGCUCCGGAGGUACGGGGAGGCCGAGGUGCUGCGCGCGGUGGGGGAGGUCAGCGAGCAGGCUAGGGACCUUGGGACGCUCCGGAGGGCUCUGUCCCUGUCUAGAGAGAUAUUCCAGGCCUAUGCAGGUUCGGAACUUAUGGACGAGGACGCCGAAGUAGAGCGGGGCCCCAAGGACAUCAAUACUGUACGUUCCGAGAUUUCAGGUUGGCGGGGCGAGCUGCAGGAAGCGGAAGAGGCAAAGUCAGGCAAGACCAUGGCCGACAAGCCUCAGGGGCAGGAGGGCGAGGAGGAAGGGCCGAGCUGGUCGCGGUAUGAUAGCAGUUGGGUAUCCAAACCCAUUGGUGUUGUCUGAGCAUUGUAAUAGAAACGAGAUACCCAAUUUAGAAAGGCUCAUUCCGGACAAG